GGCGUCCCGGCGGGCGUUUCGGCGGUUCGAGUCCCCCGGCUCCUGGACUUUCCCGGACGGUCGCUGGCGGCGCCGAGCCGCGUUUCUGAGGGUCGAGGGCCGCCCUCCAGCCUCGGGCCGCCGGCGCGGGGGCGGCGCCGACUGUCGCUCGGGCCCCCCUUCCUGCCUGUCUCCGCGGUUCCCGCCAACGGGCGGGGCACAGGCACCCGGAAGCGGCCCGAGCACUUCCGGGUGGCGGCGCGCGGCGGCGGCGACAGUGGCGACCGGGCCUGUUCGGUCGGCGCGUCCCCUCGGCGGGCGGCGGUGAGGCCUACGGGCCGGGUUAGGGAGAGACGCCGGGUACGCGCGGCGGGGUCGACACCCGGGCGGCCUGCCGCCCCGCGCUUUGUGUGCGGCCUGCGAUCCGGAGCCUCGGGAGCUGGACUCCAAUGUGCAGCGAUGGAUGACGAUGCCCACGAUGAGCUUGUGAGCCGGAGCCCGGGGCCAGAUGGACGCUCAGCAGGCAUCCCCGUGGAGCUGCCAGGAGACACUGAGGGAAGCAGUGAGGACUCUGAGGAAGACUCGGGCAGUGACCAUGAAGACACCUCUGGCAGGGAGGACGGAGACCAAUAUGGUUUCGAAGAGUCUGAAGAUGAUGCGGAUGCGCUCAUGGCACAGGCCGAGGUGCAGGGGGCACUGCCCGGUGCUGGAGUGUUCACUUCAGACGACGAGGCCGAGAGCUGCCCCAUCUGUCUCAAUGCCUUCAGAGACCAGGCCGUGGGCACGCCUGAGAGCUGUGCCCACUACUUCUGCCUGGACUGCAUCGUUGAGUGGGCCAAGAAUGCCAACUCUUGUCCUGUGGAUCGUACGACAUUCAAGUGUAUCUGCAUCCGAGCGCAGUUUGGUGGCAGAAUCUUGAAGAAGAUUCCUGUGGCUGACCCAGGUGCCCAGGAGGAUGAAGAGGAUCCGACCUUCUGUGAGGUGUGCGGCAGGAGUGACCGUGAGGACAGGCUGCUGCUGUGUGAUGGCUGCGACUCUGGGUACCACAUGGAGUGCCUGGAGCCGCCUCUGCAGGAGGUGCCGGUGGAUGAAUGGUUCUGCCCGGAGUGUGCUGCCCCUGGCGCAGCCCAAGCCGCUGAUGCCAGUGGCGUGAGUGAAGAAGAGGUCUCCAUGCUCCUGGCCGACGUGGUGCCUACCACCAGCAGGCUGCGGCCUCGGACUGGCAGGACCCGUGCCAUUGCCAGAACACGCCAAAGCGAGCGAGUGAGAGCCACUGUGAACCGGAACCGCAUCUCCACGGCCAGCAGGGUCCAGCACGUGCCAAGGCAUCUCGUGUCGUCUCUGCUGGAGGAGACCAUCGAGGCGGUGGCUCGGGGUCUGAGCACCGCCGUGUACCAGCGCCCCCUGACACCGCGAGCCCCUGCCAAACGGAAGCGGCCAACAGGAAGACGGAAGAAGGUGCCGGCUAGACGCAAGACCCAGUCCCGGGCAUCAGGGAAGAGCAGGGGCAAGAAGCGCCAGCAUCGCGGGAAGAAGAGAGGAGGCAAGACCCCCAAGAGGAACAUUGCCCCGCGCUCCCGGAUCGCCCGGACGCUGGGCCUGCGCAGGCCAGCUCGAGGCAGCUGCACACCGGGGCUACACCGGCCUCUGGAGCCCUCAUUGGGUCUGAUGCGAGCGGACAUCGGAGCGGCCCCCCUUUCUGUGUUUGGGGACCCCUACGAGCUGGACCCCUUCGACAGUGGCGACGAGCUGCCUGUAAGUCCCCCCUCACCUCUGAGUGCCAAGCGGAGGGCUCUGUCACGCUCUGCCCUGCGGUCACACCAGCCUGUGGCCAGGCCUGUGUCUCUGGGCUCCUCCAGGAGGCCUCUCCCUUUGGGGCCAGCAGAGCCAGCGGCGGAGCACGCACCCACCCCCGACCUCGUGGGCAGCAUCCUGUCGGGCCAGAGCUUGCUGAUGCUCAACAGCUCGGACGUCCUCAUCCACCGCGAUGGCUCGCUCAGUGCCAGGAGCACAGCCCCAGUGUCCUUGCAGCGGAACCCGGCCAGUCCAUUCAGGCCAGAGGAAGUGGCCAGGCCUUAUAGCAACCUGCAACCCAGAGCACCCCUGCCAGGGGCCCCAGCUGGCCACCUCUCAGGAAGCAGGCCACAGAGCCUAGGGGUGAGCGGUCCAGGCCAGCCGGCCCUGCCCCGCAACCCACUCCACACGGGGCCUCCUGGGAGGCCGGGCUCAUCUGCCGUCCUUGGGUCAGGGCUGGGCUCGAAGCCGUCUGGCGGCUCCCGCAAAUCCACAUUGGCCCUAGGGCUGGGGAUCCCAAAGCCCUCCCACAGCCCUGGCAGCACUGCCCUGGGGAGAACCAGCAUUGCACAACUACCCAGGAUCCCAAAGAUCAGACAGGAUGGUGGCACACACAGCCAAGACGUUGCCCCGGCCCGAGGGCAGGGCAGUCAGCUCCCUAGUGCCUGCAUCAGCCGGCUGACAGGCAAGGAGGGCCCUGGGCAGCCAGGGCAGGGUGCCCGGAGGGAAGGGGAGCCCAGCAACAGGGGCCCCCAGGAGCCUAGCUCCCACCCAGGGAGCUCCCGGGCCCCAGCCCCCAGCUCCCACUGCAGCCUGCCCCCACUGGGGCCCUCAAGGGGGAAGGGUGUCGGCUCCACCUUCGAGAGCUUCAGGGUCAACAUCCCUGGGAACACGGCUCCCACCGGCCGCCUGGCCAGCCCCGGCUUCUGUAACACGUUCCGGCCCGUAGACAGCAAGGUGCAGAGGAAGGAGAAUUCCUCCCCACUCUUCUCCAUCAAGAAGACCAAGCAGCUCAAGAGCGAAAUCUACGACCCCUUUGAGCCCACGGGCUCCGACUCAAGCCCCCCCAGCAGCAGCCCCGAGAGCCUGGGUUCCGGGCUGCUGCCCUCAGAGAUCACACGCACCAUCUCCGUGCGCAGCCCCAAGGCACCCCCACUGCAGGCCGUGCGCUGUGUCACCUCCUACACGGUUGAGGGCAUCUUUGAGGCUGAGGCCUCCCGUGGGCCCUGCCCCAGCACACUCCAGCUCAGGGCCCAGGGAGCCAAGGAGGAGGGGAGGCCCAUGGGGAGCCUGACCUCCCCGGCCCCGGAGCCCUGGGACGAGGACACCUUCUUCAGCUCUGAGGAGCGAAUGGUGACCCGUGUGACCAUCCUGGAGCCAGAUGGCCCACCCAGCCCUGACAUGCCACAGGAGACCACCCACCGGGUGGUGGAGCUGCAGUCUUCGUCCCGCUCAGUAUCGCGGUCACGGUCCCGGUCCAGCUCCCGCAGCAGGAGGAAGGCCAAAAAGAAGCGGGUGGUCAGGGAGCACCGGAGGACGCGUUCCAGGACCCACUCAGGCUCUCGAGACAGGAGUGAACACUCCACUUCGCCAGCAGCCACUGACAGCCCCCCCAGGAGGCGCCGCGCCAAGGCCAGGAGCCGGAGGUCUUCCAGCGAGCGCUCCAGCAGCCACGAGAGGACCAGGAAGAAGAAGGCCAAAGGCAAGGAUCGCAGGAGGGAUGGCCGGGGCCAGAGGCGGACCCGGUCACGCUCGGGGAGCCCCCAUAGCUCCUCAUAUGAGCACCGUGACAGCCGCAGGAAGAAGCGGCGGCGGUCAGAAUCCAGGUCCCGGAGUGGGGACUACUCCCCUGCCAGCAGCCUGGAGAGGGGCCGCAGGCACAAGCGCCAGCGGGAGCGGAGCCGGGAGAGGCCCGACAGGAGGGACAGCAGUGCCCGGCCUCGGGAGCGGAGGAAGCAGAGGUCACGCUCCCCGAGCUCAGAGCACCGGGUGCGGGAGCCUCAGCCGCAGAGUUCCCAGGAGAAGCGGCCCCUGGCCCCUGAGAAGGUGGCCAUGACAGAAGCCACAACAGCACCUCCACCCCUGGGGGAGCCCCCAGCUGGCCUGCCAGCACCAGCAGGUACCACCUCCCCGGGGGCUAUGGACUGCAGGGCGGUCGUGCAGGAGCCCCCUGCACUGAGCGUGUCGGCCGAGGUCCCAGCUGACGACCUGGACUACGGGGACUCGGUGGAGGCAGGCCACGUCUUCGAGGACUUCUGCAGCGACGCCAUCAUCACCCAGCUGGACGACAUGAGCUCACCACCCUCUCCCGAGAGCACGGACUCCUCCCCAGAGCGAGAUUUCCUCCCAAAGCCCGCACCAGCCCCAGCCACCUGGCCACUUGGCACUAGCCUGCCCACAGCCAGCACCCAGGGUGAGGUGUCACUGACUCACAGGGAGGGAACCUCGCAGCUCCCACUCCCAGCCCAGGGCGCCCCCGAACAGCGCACACUUGGACAGGACCCCCUUGGCAUGGUGUCUGUGGACAAGGGGGCUGACUCGGUAGCAAGUGGGAAGGCUCACGAGGUGCCUGGGCCCGAGCAGGCCUGGCAGGCGCCCCUGCUGCGCUCCCGGGCCCUGGUGAAGCGGGUCACCUGGAACCUGCAGGAGCCGGCAGGCAGCGCUGCAGCCGACAGGGCCUCCAGGGCCCCACUUCACAGGCCCCAGAGGUCCCGAGAGGGAGCCUGGGACACGGAGAACGUCACUCCUGCUGCAGCAACCUUGGCACCACUUCCUGAGCUGCCUCCGCCCAGCCAUGCUCUUCCGGAACCUGUGUUCCUGGGUGCAGACCCCUCUCAGGUUUACAGUCCCUAUGUGCCUCCAGCCCUGGCUCCACCUGCCAACCUCCCCCCAUACGUGCCAGCCAGCCAGCCUACAGUCCAGUUGGUCCUGCAGGGGAGCCUUCCACUGGCAGGCUGCGGGUUGGCACAGAGCCUAGCUCCAGUGCCCACUGCCUUGGCCACAGCCACAGAACCAGGCAGCCAAGCCACCAACUCAGAGGAGAGGAUGGCCACGCCCAAGCCAGGCCUGGAAAAGACCAAGAAGGAAGAGUACAUGAAGAAGCUGCACAUGCAGGAGCGGGCAGUGGAGGAGGUAAAGCUGGCCAUCAAGCCCUUCUACCAAAGGAGGGAGGUGAGCAAAGAUGAGUACAAGGACAUCCUGCGGAAGGCUGUGCAGAAGAUCUGCCACAGCAAGAGCGGCGAGAUCAAUCCUGUGAAGGUGGCCAACCUGGUGAAGGCGUACGUGGACAAGUACCGGCACAUGCGCAAGCACAAGAAGGCAGAGGCCAGCGCUGAGCCACCUGCACAGGGCACCGAAGCCUGAGGUCACAGGACACCCCACUCGCUGGCCUGGGCAUUCCCACAUUGCAGAUACGUGCUUCCACUGGGCCCCAUAUUCCCCAUGACGGG